ACCUUCAGACUCAGCCCUUGCAGGCUGUCCUUCACCUGUCAGAUGCGCCUGAGGCUGGAAAAGCCGGUCCCCCCUGCGCAGGAUUGUACAGACGGUGACGAGCCGGGACGGGAGCUCAAGCAGGACCCACCAAACCUUCCCGUCCCCAACCCCCCAUCCUUCAGUUCCUUAUAUCCUCGAAAUAAGCACUUAAUCUGUACCCCUCCCACUCCCUUCCACCUUGCCACCUUGGCCGGCUUCCAGAUUUUUUCCCCCUCUCCUUAAAAGACCCUGAGAGAUGGGGCUCCAUUCAAGUGCCAAUUUAUGCCCGUCGUUUGGAUCUGGGCAUUAAAUUACAGCUUCCCUCAUACAGGUAUUGACUCAUAACAGCUCCGCUAGGCAGAGGAUGACACUUGGGGUGGUCAGGGCAGUGACUGAGGGAAGCGCUGGGGGCUGUAAGAGCCAGAAGGAGGCUUCUAACUCAGAUUGGAAGUCAAGGAGGGCUUCCUGGAGGAGGUGACACCUGAGCCUAGCCCCAGCAGAGAAGGGUGGGGCCAGGGGUUCUUAAGUAUGGAGAAGUUCAGGCUCCAUCUGAAUCCCCAAGCCCCAGAGACCUUUCUAAGCCUGGUACCUUAGACUCUGAAGUUCCCUAGGGAGGGGGCCUGGACUCCUGGGUCCUAACUACAGGGACCUUUGAGGCUGGAAACAAUGGAUUCUCAGAGGCCCUUCCAGCUCAAGGAGGAGCUAACAGCCAAGGAGAACAUGUGUGGGCAAGAGACAAAGGGGGAAUCCAGGGGCUGGUGCCCUGAGGGGCAGAUCCUGGGCAGAAUGGAGGAACACACAGAGGCAGGCUCAGCACCAGGGCUGGGGGAACAGCGGGCCCUAAUUGACAACCCUGCCGACAUCCUGGUCAUUGCGGCUUAUUUCCUGCUGGUCAUUGGCGUCGGCUUGUGGUCCAUGUGCAGAACCAACAGAGGCACCGUUGGCGGCUACUUCCUGGCGGGACGAAGCAUGGCGUGGUGGCCGGUCGGGGCCUCUCUCUUCGCCAGCAACAUCGGCAGUGGCCACUUCGUGGGCCUGGCAGGGACGGGCGCGGCAAGCGGCCUGGCUGUGGCUGGAUUUGAGUGGAAUGCGCUGUUCGUGGUGCUGCUACUUGGCUGGCUCUUCGUGCCCGUGUACCUGACCGCGGGCGUCAUUACGAUGCCGCAGUACCUGCGCAAGCGCUUUGGCGGCCGUCGAAUCCGCCUCUACUUGUCCGUGCUCUCGCUUUUUCUGUACAUCUUCACCAAGAUUUCGGUGGACAUGUUCUCCGGGGCGGUAUUCAUUCAACAGGCUCUGGGCUGGAACAUCUAUGCCUCCGUCAUCGCGCUUCUGGUCAUCACCAUGAUCUACACUGUGACAGGAGGGCUGGCAGCGCUGAUGUACACGGAUACGGUGCAGACCUUCGUCAUUCUCGCGGGGGCCUUCGUCCUCAUGGGUUACGCCUUCCGCGAGGUGGGCGGGUAUUCGGGGCUUUUCGACAAAUACCUGGGGGCAAUGACGUCCCUGACGGUGUCCGAGGAUCCGGCGGUGGCUAACAUCUCCAGCUCCUGCUAUCGACCCCGGCCCGACUCCUACCAUCUGCUCCGGGACCCUGUGACGGGGGACCUGCCGUGGCCUGCGCUGCUUCUGGGGCUUACCAUUGUCUCAAGCUGGUACUGGUGCAGCGACCAGGUCAUAGUGCAGCGCUGCCUGGCUGGGAAAAACCUGACCCACAUCAAGGCGGGCUGCAUCCUGUGCGGCUACUUGAAGCUGAUGCCCAUGUUCCUCAUGGUCAUGCCGGGCAUGAUCAGCCGCAUUCUUUACCCGGACGACGUGGCGUGCGUGGUGCCAGAGGUGUGUAAGCGCGUGUGCGGCACCGAGGUGGGGUGCUCCAACAUCGCCUACCCGCGGCUCGUCGUGAAGCUCAUGCCCAACGGUCUGCGCGGACUCAUGCUGGCGGUCAUGCUGGCCGCGCUCAUGUCCUCGCUGGCCUCGAUCUUUAACAGCAGCAGCACGCUUUUCACCAUGGACAUCUACACGCGCCUGCGGCCCCGCGCGGGCGACCGCGAGUUGCUGCUAGUAGGACGGCUCUGGGUGGUGUUCAUCGUGGCCGUGUCGGUGGCCUGGCUUCCCGUGGUGCAGGCGGCGCAGGGCGGGCAGCUCUUUGAUUACAUCCAGUCGGUCUCCAGCUACCUGGCGCCGCCGGUGUCGGCGGUCUUCGUGCUGGCGCUCUUCGUGCCCCGCGUCAAUGAGAAGGUGAGUGUGUGUGUUCAUUGGGAGCUCGGGGCAAACCCGAGGCUGACGCGCUCUCUGGCCCCGCAGGGCGCCUUCUGGGGACUGAUCGGGGGCCUGCUGAUGGGUCUGGCCCGCCUGGUUCCCGAGUUCUCCUUUGGCUCGGGCAGCUGCGUGCGCCCCUCGGCGUGCCCCGCGCUCCUCUGCCGCGUGCACUACCUCUACUUCGCCAUCGUGCUCUUCGUCUGCUCCGGCCUCCUCACCCUCGUGGUCUCGCUGCGCACACCGCCCAUCCCGCGCAAGCACGUAAGUGCGGGCCUCUGGACGGGGCACCAAACGUGGGCCGCUGCGGGCCCUCUCCACCAGCAGUCGGCCAGCCUGCUUCCCAGAACUCCCAGCGGGUAGCACCUGAAUUUCUAU